AGCGGUGGCCCUAGGCGGUGGAGAUGUUUAACCAUUUGAUCCAUUUUCUAUUAUUAUAAAUCUGUAACUGUUCAAAUAUAUUAAGGCAUGGCACCUCAAUUUAGCCCAGUAUAUGUUUCUAAAGCUGGUCGUAACGGUGAAUUGAUUCCUAAGUUUGAUACCGCAGUAUUACUAUGUAUAGACUACGAUCCUCAAGGAUUCAGCGUAAAACUAAAAAGAGUUGACCUGCCUGGAGACAAUGUUUUAGUUGAAUUUCCCAUUCAUAGAUUUUCUGAAUGCUCCAGAAUUGGUAAAGAUUGUUAUAUUAUUACUAUAGAUGGAGAAAGUACCUUACUACGGUUUAAAGAUGAAAAUGAAAUGAAAAAGUUCCAUAGUAUUGUGAACGAAGUGAAAUAUGGCAAAGGUACUUCGGUAUUUUCAGAAAGAACUGAUGAUUCUUCUGCUAUUCAAUAUUUUCAGUUUUAUGGAUAUUUAUCACAACAACAAAAUAUGUUACAAGACUAUGUACGUACUAGUACGUACCAAAGAGCAGUUUUAACAAAUAGUGAAGACUUCAGAGACAAAAUUGUUCUUGAUGUUGGUGCUGGAAGUGGAAUCCUAUCAUUUUUUGCUGUCCAAGCUGGUGCUCGAAGAGUGUAUGCUGUUGAAGCUAGUUCAAUGGCUCAGCAUGCAGAGACUCUAGUUGCUGCAAAUAAUGUGCAUGAUAAAAUCAAGGUUAUCGCUGGAAAAAUUGAGGAGAUUGAACUACCUGAAAUGGUAGACGUUAUUAUAUCAGAGCCAAUGGGAUAUAUGUUAUAUAAUGAAAGAAUGCUAGAAACAUAUCUCCAUGCGAAAAAAUGGUUGAAACCGGGUGGAAUCAUGUUUCCCAGUAAAGGGGAUUUACAUAUUGCUCCAUUUAUGGAUGACGCUCUCUUCAUGGAACAAACUAGUAAAGCCAGUUUCUGGGUACAAACAUGCUUCCAUGGUGUUGAUUUAAGCUCCAUGAGGGAUGCUGCUACCAAAGAAUACUUUAGACAACCUAUUGUUGACACUUUUGACAUGAGGAUAUGUAUGGCCAAGAGUAUUAGGCAUUCGGUUGAUUUCACAGUUGCUAACGAAACAGAUCUUCAUAAAAUCGUGAUCCCAUUAGAAUUCUAUAUCCUUGAGACUGGAACGGUCCAUGGGUUGGCUUUUUGGUUUGAUGUUGCUUUUACUGGAUCAUCACAAACUGUUUGGCUUUCAACAUCCCCAACUGAAGCAUUGACACAUUGGUAUCAAGUAAGAUGUUUAUUGGAGUCACCAUUGUUCGCUAAAGCUGGCCAAUUGUUGACUGGAACUGUUACACUUCAAGCUAAUCAGAGGCAGAGCUAUGAUGUUACCAUUGAUUUGUCGAUUGAAGGUGUUGAAGGAGCUCGAUCUGUUAAUACAUUAGAUCUGAAAAAUCCAUAUUUUCGGUACACAGGACAACCAGUUGUUCCCCCUCCGGGUACCAAUACAACAUCUCCAAGUGAAGCAUAUUGGAGUCAGCUAGAUGCCCAGGGUGCCAGGCAAGCUGUUAAUAUGGUUAACGGCAUAUCUGUUAAUGGACUGGGAGAGGUUUCAUUAGAAGUUUCUGCUAAUCAAAAUGCUGCAAACUUAAUUGGCCUUGUUUCUCAACCUAAUAUCCAUCCUGGUUCGAUAAGUAGUACUGGCAGACAGCGUGGGGGCUUUUGUCAAAGUUCACAGACAGUUCCUGGUAUGAAUGCAGCUGGGGUUAUAACACCUACAAUGUUUGGUCCUGCUACCGCUAGCCAGCUUAUGAUAGCCAGUUCUUCACAUUUUCCAGUAAAUAAUAGCUUGAUGAUAGGUGAUUACGUUGCACCUGCCAACAAUGUACUAAGUGUUCAUGGCUAUAGACAAUGAAAUAAAAUCAAUGAAAAGCUGCGUGGCCAAACAUCCAUUCUAACUGCUUUUAUAAGCAAUAAUAGUUAUUUUUUGGUCCUGGGAAACCAGAAAGCUAACUACAAAGAACAUUAUAGUUUACAUUACAAAUUUUAAAUGACAUUAUUCGAUUGUGAUUGUUUUAAUUUAUAUUACAAAUUCAAUUUUAUUUAUGUUUACAUACAUUGUUAUGUUUUUCUGUGUAUUAUGGACUGUUUGUCCCAUUUGAUUAUGGGGAAAGAACAACGAUUGGCAAUCUAGUUUUGCCUUAGUGUUUAAUGUGUAAAUAUGUUUUUAGUCUUUUUACUUAUUGAUGAAAUGAAGUUCAUUAUGUGUGUAAACUGUUUUAUUGCUCUUCAUUCUGCUUAUGUAUUAUUUCAUCUUAUGCUCAACUUACAUUUUUUCCUUUUUUUUCUCUCUUUUUUUUUUAAUUUGAUUUUUUUGUAAAGGAUUUUCCAUAAUUUCAUAUUCUGAUUAGUAAUGAUUGUUAAAUUUAAUGAGCUUGCUUCCUAUAUGAAGUUAGUUAUUGAAAAAAAGAGAGAGAAAAAAGAAGAAUCAAAUGAAAACAGUUUAUUUAACUGUUCAUUAUUCAUAAUUCCUGAUGUUCUAUGAAUCAUAAGUAAGUCUGGUAAGAUAUAAAUCUGUGAUAGAAAAUUUUGGGGCAUAAAUGCAUAUGCCAUUUAAUAAGACUAUUAAUUAAAGAUUGAAAUGUAUGUGAGCAAUUAGGGUGGCCAAUAUUUUAUAUUUUUUUUUACUUAUGAAAUUAAUUCUUUUUGUUAUUUUUAAUUUGUUGUUGUUAACUUUGUUUAUUUUUGUAAUGUAAUGAUUGGGAUUCUAAGGAUAGAACUAAAAAGGAAUGAAAUACGAAUAUCAGAUAUUUUACACAUUAUGAAAAAAUUUGUAUAUGGUAUAACUUCUUGAUCUGGUAUCAGUUUAUACUUAAAUUGGCAAUAAUUUGAAAAAAUCUAAAUUAAUAUAGUUACUAUAUAAACACCAUUAGAUACAAGCUAUCCUAGGUCAAUCCAAGGCACUCAGGGUUCCAAGUAGUCAUAUUCCUUUAAAAAGGUAAAGGCAAGAUUUUUUGAAGUACUAUGACAUAAAUGUGACUGUAUAGAAAAGUUUAAGACAAAAUUAUAUCAUUAGAAUUAUUUAUUUACUUUGAUGUUGAUCAAUGAAUUGGAAUAUAUUAUAUGAACUUGGUUUUGCCUUAGUUUUCAAUAUUUAAUUAUGUUUUUACUAAUUGGUGAAUGAAGUUAAUUAUGUGUGUAAACUGUUUUAUUACUCUUCAGUCUGCGUUUGCAUUAUUUCAUCUUAUGCUCAACUUAUUUUUUUUUUCCUUUUAUCUUUCUCUCAUACUGUUUGGAUGUUACUAUUUUGAGAAAUAUUUGACUUUUAUUUCAAGGUCUCUCUCUCUCACUCAGUGCGGUAACCCAUCACCUGAUCCUGGUCCCAAAUAUGGUCCUUAAGUCUUCUUAAUAAAUUAAAAAUAUUCAAAACUGUAUUUGAUCAUGACACUUAUUAAAAUGUUUGUUAAUCUAUUUAUUUAACCUAAGUAAACUAAUUAUUAUGUUAGUUUAGGUUGCUAUCCUCGAGUUUUCUUUAUUAAAGAAAUAUUCAGUAAUUGAUUAGACCUACAUAAUAUUACCAAUACCUAUUUAAGAAGGGUUUUUGGUUAAUUUAUAUUUAUGCCCAAGAAUUCGAAUAAUAAAUAAGGCCUCAUUUUCUAAUGAAAGUAUGGUAUCAAUAAUUUAACUUAAAACAGAUUAAUGAUAUUUUUUGUUACUUAAUGUUAUACCGAUAAAUUGCUAUUAUCGUUAGCAUCCCUCAUAAAAUAGGAAAAUAAAAAUUUAAUGAAUAUAGAUAUGCUUUAAGUUCAAGAACCUAUAAUAACAUUCAAAUAAUCCCAAGAUUCUGUCUCAAAUGUUUUACAGUGAGAAGAGUCCUUACAAAGAUAAAAUGUUGGAUACUUUUUUAGAUUAGAUUUUCGAGCGUGAUACAAUGGAACAAGAUUAUUAAUUGAUUCUUUUGACAGUUUACUGUCUUACCGUAGUUAGAUUAUAGUAUAUUUUUAGAUAGUCUAUUCUAAAUUUAUGACAGAUCAUAGGUAAUUCUUUUGCUUACUUAUUGAUGCAUACAUUUUUAUUGCACAGAAGUGCUCAGAUAACAUUAUUUCAAGUGUCCUUAAUUGAUCUAUGAAUCCUCUUAAAAAAAUACCAAAAUUUUCCAUAUUUGUUUAAAAAUGUCAAUUUUUGAGAGAGAUGAGAGGAAUAUAAAUUAUGUAUGUGAAAUAGUUUUCUCCUGAUAAAAUAAUAGGGUUUUUGUUUUUUAAAUAUCGGGUGUUGAAUCAAAUGAGGCUUGAUGAUACUGUUGUCACAUAUUUAACAUUGCAUAAAGUUGAAAGUAAUAGGCUCUUUUUGAGUAAGUGACAGAGAUAACAUCAGCUUUAAUCUUUUGUUUGUUUAGUAAAAUUUUAAUGUUUAAUAGACUAAAAACAAACAUUUUCUUGCUUGGUAUGUAUUUUUAAUAAUUAUUAAACCAGUUUAUGUGUAGAACAUAUAUAUAAUGAACAAUGUUUAAUAAUAUUACAUAGUUUUUCAUUCAUUCUUGCCUUUAUUUUUUUAUUUAUUUAUUUUCUUUUUUUUUAGUAUGAUUAUUUAAAACCCUUAAUUCUAAUUUGACUUAUGCUAAUAUGAUUUGUAUUAGUUUCUAUUUUAAUAUUAUAAGUUCUGUUCUCUUCUCAUCCAGUCCAGUUAAUAAUAAAUUUGUAGUGAUGUGCUAUCA